CUAACCUAAGAUAACGACGUAAACAUGUCUAUGGAGACGGUGCCGAAAGACUUGCGCCAGUUGAGAGCGUGUUUGGUGUGUUCUUUAGUUAAGACUUUCGAGCAAUUCGAGCUUGACGGUUGUGACAACUGUGACGAGUUUUUACGUAUGAAAAAUAACAAGGACAAUGUUUUUGACUGCACUAGUUCCAACUUUGACGGAAUGAUUGCUGCAAUGAGUCCAGAAGAUAGCUGGGUGUGCAAGUGGCAAAGAAUAAAUCGCUUCUGCAAAGGUGUUUAUGCCAUAUCUGUAUCGGGACGAUUGCCAGCUGGUGUCAUCAGAGAAAUGAAGAGCAGAGGAAUAGUGUAUAGGCCGCGCGACACCAGUCAACGUUAAUUACAAUAAAUCUGUAUAUAAUUUUAUAUAGGAAUACUAAGUAUGUUUUUCUUUUACAUUGCGAUCUAGAUCGAUUAUUUGAAAUAUAUCCGUACGUUGUUCGUUUUGAAAUA